AUGUAUGACACCAUGAGAUCAAGUACGGAGAAAAUCGAUUUCCAUGUCCACUGUGUACCUCCCUCAUACCGCGAAUAUUGCCUGAAAAAUGAAUACGCGGGGGAAGGACAUCCUGAUGGAAUGCCAGCAAUACCUGCCUGGGAUGUGAACUCCCACAUUAGCAUGAUGAAGAGUCUCAACAUCAAAAAAUCAGUACUGAGCAUGUCCUCCCCAGGUACACACCUGACACCAGGAAACGACCAGGACGCUCGAGCCUUAACCCGCCAAGUGAAUGAAGACAUGUCAAAAAUAUGCAAAGACCACAGUGAACAUUUCCUAUUCUUUGCAUCGCUUCCUCUACCUGAUGUCGAAGGCUCCCUUGCCGAGAUCGACUACGCGCUUGAUCACCUAGGUGCAGUCGGAUUUCAAAUCCUGACCAAUUCCCACGGAAUCUACCCAGGGGAUCCAAGAUUCAAUCUCGUCUUCGACAAACUAAGCGAGCGAGGGGCAAUCGUAUUCUUUCACCCUACUAGCUGUCAUUUACGGAGUGAAGACGGCUCCGUGACCCGAGUCACUCCAAAUCCCGGGGUAGCAAGUCCCGUACUGGAAUUCAUGUUCGACACAACCCGAUCAUUGACAAGUAUCAUAGCAUCUGGUACCAUUGACAGGUGUCCUGGUAUAACGUUCAUCAUAACUCAUUGUGGGGGAACGUUUCCACCCGUUCUGUCUCGGAUUGCGCGAUUCUCUCCAUUUGUUUUUCUGAAUGAAGAUAGAGUCUCGAAUGAAGAAAUAAAGCGCAUGCUUGAAACCCGCUUCUACUUUGACCUAGCUGGAUUCCCUUUUCCGGAUCAAAUUCAUGGGCUCCUCCGAGUUGUCCAUUCUUCGCGACUUCUUUAUGGCAGUGACUAUCCAUAUACACCAUUUCCUCUUGUUAAGUCAUUGAGCGAAGAACUAGAAUAUGGUCUGAGGCAAUGCUUUGGGUCGGCAUCUACCGAAGUCUUUCUGAAGAACGGAGAGAGACUUUUGUCCAAUUCGAAGGGGGGGGGGGGAAGAGUCUGA